AUGGCGAAGCUGGCGUGUGUCUUAUUCUUGGUAGCAGCAUUAGCCUGCACCAACGCUGUCCCAAACCGCAUCGUGGGCGGCAACCCAACCACGAUCGAGAACUACCCCAGCAUCGUCCAGGUUGAGAGCCGCACCGGCAUCAUCUGGGGCCAGUCAUGUGCCGCUAGUAUCCUCAACACCAGAUUCGUCGUGUCUGCUGCACAUUGCUUCUCUGGAAUAUUUAACACCCGCAACCGUCGUAUCAGAGCGGGUACCUCAAACCGUGCGUCAGGUGGCGUCGUUGUCUCAAUCAACCGCAUUGUCAACCACCCCAGUUAUGGCAGUAACCAGAUGGACGGUGACAUCAGUGUCAUCCACUUGUCUUCAGCUCUGGUCUACAGCGACCGCAUCCAACAAGUCCCACUUGUGCCCCAAGGCUUUGAACUCCCUGAUAAUCUACCUGUUGUGCAUUCUGGAUGGGGUGCGACUUCGCAAGGCGGCCUAGCUUCAGCGAUCCUCCGCGACGUUCAGAUCUACACUAUCAACCACGACAUCUGCGCUGCUCGCUACGCCAGUCUUUUCCCAUCUAGAAGAGUUACUGAGAACAUGAUCUGCGCUGGUCUUCUCGAUGUCGGUGGCAAGGACGCCUGCCAGGGUGACUCUGGCGGUCCCCUCUACUACGAUGGCAUCCUGGUAAUCCUGCCGACACACGAUCAAUAUUCCCGAGUCUUCCCGGCCGCGGCAGUGCGCAUGCGUGGCGGCCAUCUUUCUCCCGCCGUGACCCUUCGGGAUACAUUGCAACAGUAA